CACUCUUCCUUUCAGAAUCAUGCAGUGCAGAGUCCGUGUGGAGUAAGGAGAAGCCAAUAGGAUGAGGUUUUGGUAAUAGAUGCAAAUGAUCAUGAAAAGACACUGCAAAAUAUGAAACAACUCAUUUGCGCCGAAGUAAAUCACUGAAAACUGUUUAUGAACUGGCACCUCUUCUUGGAAAUGUAAAACGAGAACUCUUUAAGUGGCGAUUUUUUUUUAGGGGGGGGGGAAAGGCAAGCAUUCAGUAUCAUGCAGGCUUAGAGUUUUGAUUAUAUCCUCCUUUUAUAUUCCUGGAAAUCACAAACUGUUGUUGCUUAGCAUCUUAGCUCUUUCUUUGCUAAUAGAUUCCCGUGGUUGAAAAAAAAAUAGAUUAUAUAUUUAAAUUAAAAUGAGCUCUUAUUUUGUCAACUCACUCUUCUCCAAAUACAAAACCGGGGACUCCUUGCGUCCCAACUACUAUGACUGUGGCUUUGCUCAGGAUCUGGGAGGCAGACCCACAGUUGUGUAUGGACCUAGCACGGGUGGUACCUUCCAGCAUCCGACCCAAAUUCAGGAGUUUUACCACGGAGCAUCCUCGCUCUCCAGCUCCCCUUACCAACAGAAUCCCUGCGCGGUCGCGUGCCAUGGGGAUCCAAGCAACUUCUAUGGAUACGACCCAUUGCAAAGGCAGAGCCUGUUCAGUGCCCAGGAGUCGGACUUGGUGCAGUACACGGAUUGCAAGCUUGCUUCCAGCGGCCUUGGGGAGGAGGCGGAGAACUCGGAGCAGAGCCCCUCUCCGACACAGCUCUUCCCCUGGAUGCGACCGCAAGCAGCCGCUGGACGCAGGAGGGGCCGGCAGACUUACAGCCGCUACCAGACCCUGGAGCUAGAGAAAGAAUUUCUGUUUAAUCCCUACCUGACCCGCAAACGGCGGAUCGAGGUGUCUCACGCCCUGGGACUGACAGAAAGGCAGGUCAAAAUCUGGUUCCAGAACAGGAGGAUGAAAUGGAAAAAGGAAAACAACAAAGACAAGUUUCCCAGCAGCAAAUGCGAGCAGGAAGAACUGGAAAAACAGAAAAUGGAAAGAGCCGCCGAGGUGGACGAGGAGGUGGAAGGACAGAAGGGGGACAAAAAAUAGGAUUUUUGAGAACUGAAAGGCAAGCACUGAUGGUUUGAUGAGAUCCUGACUCUUACAUUAAUGGCAGUUAAUGUAAGGGAGGGGAGGGGGGCAGGAAAAAAAACAAUGCAUAGAAAAGAGAAAAAGAAACCCUUUUAUUGCUGUAAAACAAUAUAGCUGUAAGCACCCACUUUUCCUGAUUGUCCUUUGAUACAAUGAACAGUAUGCAAAAGAGAUCGGAGGUCUUUCUAGCCUUUUGCCAGUUAUUAACUAGUGGUAGUGUAAUGCAAUAGCUUAUGUAAAACAUGACUGUGAAAUUCUCUCUUCUCUCUCUCUCUCUCUUCUUUCGGGGGGGGGGGUGUUGGUUAACACUGCUUUCAAUGCUAUAGGAGUUAUGUGAAAUUACAUUGUGCACUUUUUUUGAUUUUCCUCCUUUAUGUUGUGCUUAACUGUAUGUACUGGAGGUAGCUAUUGAAACAGACAUCCCAACAACAUGAAACUGCCUAUUUAUGCUGUAGUUAUCUCUCUCUUCUCUCUCCCCCUCUCUCUCUUGCUCUCUGUCUUUCUGUUCCCUCCUUCUGUUCUUUUGUUCGGUUGGGUUUUUUCCUUUGGUUCUGUUUUGUUUACAAUUUUAAGUGUCUCCUCCAAAAGCGUUUUUUUUUCCUCGACUUUAGAUAGCAUGCGCACAGUGGAGCAAGUUGUAAAGUGAUCCUUAGGUUAACUGUGAAAAAAAAAAGAAUGUAUACUGUAUACGUGAAUUACUUUAUGGGGGAACUAAUGAUAUAUUUUGUUGUUCUUUCAUCACUUUGUUCUAUUGUCUAAACCUGGAAGCGGCGGAAGAAAGUUACAAUAAAGUUUACAAGCAAGAA